AGGGAGUGUUUGGCCUCGGGAACGGCGUCGCGAUGUGGUUCGAGGUUCUCCCCGGGAUCGCUGUCAUGGGCGUGUGCUUGUUCAUCCCGGGAAUGGCCACCGCGCGCAUCCACAGGUUCAGUAACGGGGGCAAGGAAAAAAGGAUUGCCCAUUAUUCAUAUCAGUGGUAUAUGAUGGAAAGAGAUAGGCGUGUCUCUGGAGUAAACCGUUACUAUGUGUCAAAGGGUUUGGAGAACAUUGAUUAAGGAAACGUUUUCCUGGUUGAUGAAGAACAACUCAGUCAUGCUCUUCUAUCCCUGCUAGUAGAUUAUGCGGCAUAUUGUGUAGCAUGCAUUGUAUUUUGUAGUGUAUAAUAAAAAUAAAAAAUCAGAGGUUUUCUUUACUUUUUAAAAUAGUACUACCCAAGAUCAAGACGUCUACCCAAUAUAGCAUUAUCACUUAAAAAAAACUAGAAGGCAACCGAGGCUUGUAAAAUUAUAGCUGUAAUAUACACCAAGCACCAAUAACUGCCCAGCGCAUUAUGUGUCACAAAGGUAGUUCCUACUCUUGUAGUAGAUACUAAAAUAUUGGAAAACAGUGUUUCUUCGGAGAUUGAUAGAAGAAUACAGAAAAAGUAGUACUUUUUUCCCCUUUCCUUUUCUGGGUGAAUCCCUAUAUGCUUAAAAUUCCAGACUGCACCUUCAUCGUCCGUGCACCCUGUAUCCUCAUAUGGUAGUCACUUAAGUGUUGAUUCUUAUUUUAGUUUAUUAUGUAGAGCAGCAACAAUGAUUAUGUUUAUUAAAAUGAAUGUAUUUGAAA